AUGGCGCUGCCGCCGCUCCUGCUCUUCUUGCUCCUUUCUCUGGAGUCUCUGGACUCGCUGCCCGGCGCCCACGGCGCCCGGAGCCGCGCCGCAAACCGGACUCUGAGUGCCGGCGUCUCUGCCGUCGGGGGCCGGCGGCCGGGGGGCUCCGUGUCCCGGGGCGGCCGCGAACUGAACAGCACUGCCCGGGGUCUUGGCGUCUCGGAGGCGGGCAGUCGGAGGGGGCAGCUGGCCGCGGCAGCAGCCGGGCCAGCCGGCGCAACCGUCACCUAUGAGACGUGCUGGGGCUACUACGAUGUGAGCGGGCAGUACGACAAGGAGUUCGAGUGCAACAACAGCGAGAGCGGCUAUCUGUAUUGCUGCGGCACCUGCUACUACCGCUUUUGCUGCAAGAAGCGCCAUGAAAAGCUGGACCAGCGUCAGUGCACCAACUACCAGAGUCCGGUGUGGGUACAGACGCCCAGCACCAAGGUGGUGUCUCCCGGACCUGAGAACAAGUACGACCCAGAGAAAGAUAAGACCAACUUCACCGUCUACAUCACUUGCGGGGUGAUCGCCUUUGUCAUCGUGGCAGCCGUCUUCGCCAAGGUCUCCUAUGACAAGGCCCACCGCCCACCACGGGAGAUGAACAUCCACAGGGCUCUGGCUGAUAUCUUAAGACAACAGGGUCCAAUUCCGAUAGCACACUGUGAAAGAGAAAAUAUAUCAGCCAUUAAUACGUCUCCCAAAGAAAACACACCAGUUAGAUCAUCCUCCAAAAAUCAGUACACCCCUAUGCGUACAGCCAAGCAGACUCCAGGGCAUUAUGCGAAGGAUGCUUACCGAGGUGGAGGACCUGAUCUUCAUAAUUUCAUCUCAUCUGGAUUUGUCACUUUAGGAAGAGGACAUAUGAAGGAGAAGCCACGGAUGAACAAUAUCUUAACAUCGGCCACUGAACCCUAUGACCUCUCUUUCUCCCGCUCCUUCCAGAACUUAGCUCACCUUCCUCCAUCUUAUGAGUCUGCAGUAAAGACACAACCUAGCAAGUACUCAUCCCUGAAGAGACUGACUGACAAGGAGGCUGAUGAGUAUUACAUGAGGAGGCGACACCUGCCCUGAUCUAGCAGCACGAGGAACCCUCCCUCAAAUGUUAUCCAAAUGUCUCAACAGAAGCCAUUGCCACGAGAGCGACUCCCCCGGCGCCCUAUUAGGGCCAUGUCCCAGGAUAGAGUCCCUAUCACCAGAGCGGGGGCCCUCCCAGAUGAGUUUAGCAUGCCCUACGACCGUAUCUUGUCUGAUGAGCAGCUGCUCUCAACAGAGCGGCUUCACUCCCUAGGACCCUUUGCUGUCCCCCAGAGAGAACAGCCUUUCCCUGAGCAUUCCCUAUCACGAGCCAUCUCUCACACUGAUGUUUUUGUGUCCACACCUAUUCUGGAACGCUAUCGCAUGACCAAGAUGCACUCCCAUCCAGUGCCUCUAUAUAACUCAUAUGCCACCUUGGGUCAGAGCCAGACAGCAGCCAAGCGCCAGGCUUUUGCCUCACGCAGACACAAUACAGUGGAACAACUGCACUACAUCCCAGGCCACCAUACCUGCUACACAUCCAGCAAGACUGAAGUGACUGUGUAACCAAAUAGACAGGGCCUGGGUCUCCCAGUGGGAGCAGAACAGGGAUAAGAAUCAGAGCCUAUUGCUCUCUUAAUUUCCCUUCCCUUGUUCCCUUCACAGGGAUGGGGCUGGGGUAUCCUUUGCCCAGAAAGCCAUAUUC